GUUGCACGUUGUGCCAACGUUGUCACAGCCGCGUGUUUUUGCCGACGCGUUUUUAAUCGCUUUACUGAGGAGUUAAGAUACACUGCAGAUAUCGCCAGGAUGUGCUAAUAAGGUCCGAACCACCUAAAGAUGCCACAAAGAACGCCCAGUCCCGCUAACUCCGAGAUAUCGGUGGGUUCCCCCAGCCCGCCGCCCAUGAGGUGCUUGAAUUUGAAACGUUUGCGACUUUUGAGGAGUGAAAACCUGGAAAAUGGACGGCAAAGAUCAUCACCCGUCCGGAUCAAAAGCUUUUCCAUAGCCGAUAUCCUGGGACGGGAACUCGAAGAGGAUCUGGGGAAGAAACGGGAGAGUACAGUUCCCAAGGUGUUACCAGGAGUUUCUGCUCCACUAAAGCUGAUCAACGAGCGAUUGCAGAUCCCCGUGGUUCAGAAUUGUCCUCCGCCGGCUGCUCUAAAUCCGUUCUUAUCGCCUGCCCUGCUGCACAAUUACGAGCAGCGAUUGGCCUGGGACUACCAGCGCCAGCUGCAGGAACAUUUCCAGGCCCAGGCCCACCUUCUCCGCCACAUGACCUUGAAUCCCGCGAUUAUUGCCUCCGAGGACGGCAGUUCAGAGCGUUCGCAGCGAUCCAGUAGUAGCAAUGGCAGCACCGAAUUCUGCAGUCCCAGACAGGUGGUAAAACAAGGUGUCCAAGAGGCCAGUGAAGAAGUCGAGGUGAAGUCGUGGGAAGAUCAGCCAACGGGCGCAGGAAAACCAAAUGGGGACACUCCUUUGGACGCCCUGUUCCAGUUGUCAACCAAGAACUUUGAUGAGGAGCAAGAUCCCGCCACAUUGAACAUAUUUGCUACUCGUUCGAAUCCAAAGAAGAAGCGGAAGUCGCGCACCGCCUUUUCCAAUCAGCAAAUUUUCGAGCUGGAGAAGCGCUUUCUAUACCAAAAAUAUCUGUCGCCAGCUGAUCGCGAUGAAAUUGCCGGUGGCUUGGGUCUUUCGAAUGCACAGGUCAUCACUUGGUUUCAAAAUCGACGGGCCAAACUUAAGCGAGACAUGGAGGAGCUGAAAAAGGACGUGCAAUGCGAGAAAUUACCCGACCAGUCAGCAGAUCCCAAUCGCUCGCACCACCACUAUCACAUGCAGACCAUCGGACAGGAUAAGGAUAAGGAUCGGGAGAAGGACAAGGACAAAGACAAAGAGGAGCUGCGCAUGCUGAAGCUAAUGACCCUGAUGCGCUACUCGGAUGGCAAGUUGCUGUAUGCGCAACCCCCGCCUCAGGCACCGUAUUUGCCCUCUUCACACAGGCAAAACAGUGAUUAGUUUAAUUUGUAGAUUACUGAGAACGAACGCUUUUACUGGCAUCUAUUUUGCCAAAAAACAAAAAAGCCGCCCAGUGUAGGAAGAAAUUUCAAAUUUCUUCUUUGGAUUUUCCUAAUUUAGGUAUUAAAUUUCACAAUAAAUAUUCACUUCUUUGUA